AUGUACUGGCUUCCAGACCCAUUCAACGAGAAACCCUGUGGCCUUCUGUUCCGAGGAGAACAGAGGAGGCCCCUGAGCCAGGGCAGGGGGUGCUGGGCUGUCUUUGUGGCCGUGGGUGGGGAGGGGAUGGUACUCCUGAAGGCCACCUCAUCUGAAGAAGCAGCCCUUUCUCUGGAUGGACCGGGGCCUUCUGUAUCCCCUCAACCCUUGUCCUCCACACCCAGCCUGCUCCAGGAAAAGGUGCAGCCCUGGAAGAAGAGCUUGGGGGGAGGCCUGGGUGCAGGCACUCUUGCCAGAAGGAGGCUGGAGGAGGAGUUUCUGGUGAUUCUGCCCCUCCUCAGGGUUGGGGGGCACCUCCAGAGCCCCCACAGAAUGUACUGGGGCAUUUGGCUGGUGGACCAUCUGGAAACCUCUCCCCCUGGCUCACAAAAUGUCUCCAAACACUUUUCUGUGCAUGUGAAGUCACUCUGGAGAAGCACACCUCCUGUUUUUACCUGA